AUGGAUUUCGACGCGAACAACAACCCGCCGGCAGAAGUUGUGUAUGACAGCUUCCCCGACGACUGGAUCACAUAUGUGGGAACACUGCCGUUAUGUGUGAAGUGUAAUCAGAACCACCAACAUCUUCCCGGAGCUACCAGAUGCAUCGAGUGCCUGGGAAAUAGGCCUGGUCUCCUACGCAGGAGGGCCAUGUAUCGGAUUGUGCAUGAGGGAGGCGUUUACUGUAGCAGCUGCUACAUCCGUGAGGCCCCCGAGCCUGGACAUUCGUGCCCGCGAUGCGCCAACUCGAGAGCAGCGAACAAGCUUCAACGGAAGCUAAAUGUCUUGCUGGCAGCGGUAAUGAGAAACCUGGAGAUGGCGAACAGCGCGGUGGAGGCUGCUGGCGACGCAGACAGCCUUCUCGUCGCCAUCAAACAUGCUAUGAAGGCCGUCACCAUGAUACCCAUCGUCUACGAUAUUCUUCAAACCGCGCAAGAGAUCUUGGACGAUAUGGCUGAGCUCGAUGCGGCAAAGGCAGACGCCGCCACACCGAAUAUGCUUAGCGUCGUGGAGCUAUACCGGGAUGUCAGAGGUUGGGCAAAGGAUACCUUUGUUUCCGCCGCCAGUGCUUGGCUAAAACAGGGAAACUUGGGUCAGGCCUUUUUACAAGCUUUAUCCAACAUCGACGACUUCUUGCCGUCGACACCGCUGCAGCAGGAUGCGCAGAACCAUCCUAUUCAACAGGGUGACAAUUCCUCUCAAGCCCCAGCCCUUCAGCAUCACGAUGGCCAUGCUAUGCAGAAUGAGAAUUACGACGCCGCUCAAGCCAAGUGGAACCUUCAGCCAGUUGCUUCUCAAGUGCAUAGCGAGGAUCAGCUGCAUCAGACCAACCUCUUCUACGACGAUAUUCCGGAUGACGCCGUUCCUGAACUUAUGUCUCAACACCCCGACCAAAACCCUCAGCAUUAG